UUGUUUAGAUUUCAUUACUAGGAGAUGGCUAGUGAUCAGUCGACCGACCGUGGUCGUACUACAUCCGGUCGAGGUCGUGUCUCUCGCCGUGACAGACCCAUCAUAGGGAAUAUGGCAUAUUCGCACCCUAGUGCCAUAGCCUCCUCGCCCUCCUCUGUGAAUUCUAUUGAACCAACCAGUCAAUAUCAUCCUACUUUAUCAUCUCCUAGUCACUUCACGGCUGAUAUGUUGACAGGGGUUUCACCUCCACCUAUCCCUCAUAUCCCACAUGAUAUCCCACAUGCACCCAGCACGCAGGGCCCACCAUUGGACACAGAGGGUGCCAGUGGCUCUUCUUCCCAGAAUAUUGGGGUAGUGCCUCCUCAAAAUAGCCUUAUACUGAUACGGCCUGCUUCGGCUGCUCUUUUUGAUCCUUUUGAUGUUACUCGGAAGAUAAACGAGAUCACAAAGACCAAGUAUGAACGAGCCGUGACACAAUGGAGUGAUUUUACUCCCGAGGAAAAAGAAGGUUACUUUAAGGAGUUCAAGAGUAAAUUUACAUGGGACCCUGCUCAUGAUGUUGCAAUAAAGAAAUUGUGGAAUAAGAAGAGUGGAGAAUUAUUUCGGGGCAUGAUGCAUAGGGCACGAGAAAACCCCACCAAAGCUGUCUGGAUCCGCAGUGCAGUCCUUUCUGAACUUCAACGUAUUUGGGAUGGACCAGAGUACAAGAAGAAAAGAGAACAGGGGAAGAAAAAUCGAGCAUCUGAGGAUAGUUGUUCUCACACUGAUGGCUCUAUCCCUCACACGGAGUAUCGUAAGAGAAUGAUAAAUUUUGAGUAA